ACGUUCGUCAACAAACACUCAGUGUAGCUUGCGUCGCCAAAGUGUGUUGUCAAACUCUUUCGUUUUUGUGAAGUAACUCAUCGUUUAAGUUUCUAAAUUGAAGGUUUCUUAUCGAAGGCCCCAACCAACUGUGUAAAAAAGUGAACGUAACGAAUUUGUAAAAAAAAAAAAUACUGCACACAUACAUACAUAUAUUAAUGUAAACAAUUUUACAUUGAGUAAGAAAAUAUAAGGACUUAAAGACUUCGCUCUAAGUCUCUCGGAGUUCAAAUUACUUAGUGAAUCAAAGAGAAGCGGCUUCAUUUAUAUUAACAAUGCUUUCACAACCUACUUACGCGCUAGUUACGUGCCUUAUCUCUCUCUGCUCGGCGAUACGUGUCGACUUCAAUACGAAUAAGGGCCCCAUUGUGCCACCAACGCCCCGCACCACAGUACGCCCAUUGCAACCUUACCGUGAACCUGCAGCCGUUUGGGAGGAUCAAAGCAAUGACAUACCGAAUCCGAAUCCAUAUACCUACAUUUUACCGCCACCUUCUCGCCCACGAACAACUGGCAAUAACUUUGCCAACUUAGGGCAAAGGCCAUUGCGCUACCAUGGCAACCUUUUGCUACCUUCCGAUGUGAAUGUAUUCUUACAACAAGGCAAUACAAAUUCGGGAGGGGGCAGCUUGGCAGCAAAAUACAUACCAAACGUCGGAAUUAGGUACACUGCUGUGGUGGCGCCAUCAAGCAACAACAAUCAGGUUAAUCUUAACAACGGUGGCAACAAUUACUUUGGCAUCGACAACAAAUUACAUGGCAAAUACAAUGAAAAAACGAAAAAGUACAAAGCAUACGAGAAAGUUAAAUACGUGCCACAACGCUAUUAUCCACUCCUUGAAUUGACACCACCUAUCGAUAAACCUUACACAUCCGUAUUUAAUCAAGAUCAGUUGAUACGCAUCCAACAGUUGCCCCACCUUGACGCACCACCUGCUUUUCGACCAUUCAACAAUGAAGCAGCCAAAGAAACUGGCGAGAGGUUAGCCACACCAGCCGCUGAAACAACAAUCGCAACCACUUACUUAAUUACCAGCUCAAACGCCGGCCAAAUGAAGUUGGCGCACGAAAAAGAUCAAGUGUUGACUAAAAGCAAGUCCAGCUUAGCCAAAAUUCCACUGAAGUUACCAAAUGCAUUACCUACUCCUCCGGUGGGCCAUAGUGCUAAUGCGACCGUUGCUGUGAAGAGCAGGUGAAUGUUCAUCUGACGCCUGACAUCUCAGCUGUGCCGAAGUUGCAAUUGCCGGUUUGUCAGCAGCCCAAGUAGAAAAUCGUAUUUACGAACUGUUUUAACCUGAAGAAAUGUACCUCACAUCUAAAGAUUUUCGACACACAAAUUGAUUGUUUACUGUGUUUACUGUGUUUUUUUGUGUUUAUAUGUAUGUAUUUAUACUUGAUCGCUUUAAAAUUUCUGCUACUUUCAACGAGCUCUGAGACUACGGCACUCAGUGAGACUAACCUAAUAACUACCUGUUCAUAUGAGUAGCUGUCCCUUAAGGGCGAAUAAAUUUCUUUGUACUUUGCAGGUGCUUUGCCAUAAAUUGUAAAAAUAAUAAACAAAUGUUUUUAAAAGUAAAUGUCUUUAUAUGGAAAAGCAUAAUAGUAACAGUAUUUAUAUACAUACAUACAUAUGUUAUAUGUGAAACUACGAUGCUUGUUUUGUAAUCAUAUCCGUUUUAUGCUGCUGAAGAUAAAAAAGAAUAUAAGAAUUAAAUGUAAAUAAAUAGCGUAUAAUAAAUGAAUCGAACGAUAAAUCUGA